AUGGAGCCGCAGCCGGUCAUCGGCCACAGCAUGGACGCGCUGCAGGGCAUCCUGCAGAGCCGGAACCAGAGCUGGGAUCCCCGGAUGCUGCAGAUCGGCAUCGACGUGAUGCUCAUCCACGCCUACGACUCCCUCCCCUCCCUGCCCGCCUACACCACCGCCCCUCUCUCGCACGCCGCCGCGACCGCAUCGUGGGUCCCCGACGGCGUCGACCGCAUCGGCCACCUCCCCGACCCGAUCCUCCGCGACGUCAUCUCCCGCCUCCCCGUCAAGGACGCCGCGCGCACCGCCGUGCUCGCCUCGCGCUGGCGCUCGCUCUGGCGCUCGGCGCCCCUUGUCCUCGCCGACAUCCACCUCCUCACGGGCAUCGCCACUGGUCCGGCCGGCCGGCCCCGCAUCGGCGACGAGACUCCCGGCCUCGCCGACGCGGUGUCCCGCGUCCUCGCGACGCACCCGGGCCCCUUCCGCUCCGUCCACCUCACCUGCAGCGCCAUGGAGGCGCACCGGGGCGAGGUAGCACGCUGGCUCGACGCCCUCGCCGCCAAGGCCGUCCAAGAGCUCGCCUUUAUCAACCGCCCCUGGCCGCUCGACAUCCGCCUCCCGGCCACGCUCUUCAGGUGCGCCUCCCUCACCCGCCUGCACCUGGGCGUCUGGAAGUUCCCGGACACCGCCGCCGUCCCGCGCUCCGCCGCCUUCCCCAACCUCCGGGAGCUCGGCCUCUUCUUCAUCAACAUGGAUGAACGCGACCUCGCCUUCCUGCUCGACAGAUGCCCCGUCCUGGAGACCCUCACUAUGAUUUUGCAGAUCGGAGUGAGCCUCCGCCUCGUAAGCCGCACCGUGCGGUGCCUUCAGCUAUGCAUGACCAAUGUGGACGACGUCGCCGUAGUGGAUGCCCCUCGCCUGGACAGCUUCUUGCUGUUUAUGUCUGGGAUGAGCAAGACAUCCAGGAUCAAGAUUGGCCGUGCGCCCAACCUGCGCGUGCUGGGAUACCUUGAGCCAAGAGAGCACGUGUUGGAGAUUGGCAACACUGUCAUCUCGGCUGGAACUAAGGAGAGCCCGAGCACUGUUGUCCCGAGUGUCAAGAUCUUGGCAUUGGAGGUGAAAUUUGCUGUCCGCAAUGAAGUCAAGAAAGUGCCCAGCUUCCUCAGGUGUUUUCCCAACCUCGAGACGCUCCAUGUCAAGUCUGCGACAGCUGAUGAGGCCACCGGCAAGGCUAGUCUCAAGUUAUGGAAAGAGGGUGGUCCCAUUACCUGUGUCCUGCGACAUAUGAAGAAGGUGGUUUUCCAUGAGUUCCAAGGUUUGAUCAACGAGAUUGUGUUCCUCAAGUUCAUCGCUGAGAAUGCUCGCUUUCUGGAGAAGAUGGUGAUUGUGGUGGCCUAUGCAUGUUACUCUUCAGAGGAGGAUGUGAAUUCCAAGCUGAAGCCUCUCACUUGUGCAAAAUGGGUCGGUGGAACUUGUAAACUUCAAGUCUUCAAGAGCCCAUUUGAAGGGACAACAGGUGGUCCAGUUUAUGAUAUCCGAUUGGCAUCUGAGUUUUCGCAAAUUGCUGAUCCUUUUGACCUGAUCUACUAUAGAGAAUCACUGUAAUCGCUGGAAGUUAAUAAGUGGCACUAUUCCUAUUGUAGAAGACUACCUUGACUUUUUCUUGCUAUCAGAACUUGCAGCAGCUGAUACCUUUAUUUCAACUGUUACUUAGCUGAGUCCUGUUUCAGUGAGGUUACAUCACAAAACCUGAGCUAAAUAUGUGCCUGGAUA